UUCAUCUCUCAUAAAAUCCCUCACUUUUCCCUCUCUCUCAUCACCUAAAACAGCAGCCAUGAAAUGAUUCUUUCAUUCAUCAUGCAACCUCUAUUUACUCCUUUCUGCAAUUUCUUCUAUGAACUUCCUGUUUAUGUUUUCUCUCUCUAAAAGUUUAGAGAAAACCUUCUUGAUUCUUUACAUGUAGUCUACGAGUUUCAUUCUUCUCUGUGCUUCACACCUUCACUUUGAAAUCUUUCUCUCUCUUGAUUUACACAGAAGAGAGAGAAAAUGAGAUGGGUUUUAUGCGGCACAUGCAAAGGAUUGCAAAACAAGGAAGAGGGUGAAGAUCAUCGCGAUACCUCAGUGACCACUGCGGAAUUUCAUCUCAAUGAACCCACUGAAAAUGCAGAAGAAAAAGGUGGUUGGGAAAUUCAUCACCUCUCUAGACCUUAUGAGAACAUGAGACGGAAUGAGGCAGCCAUUAAAAUACAAACAGCUUUUCGGUGCUUUCUCGCUAGAAGAGCUCUUAAAGCCCUAAGAGGGCUUGUGAAAGUGCAGGCUUUGAUUCGAGGUCGGCAUAUUAGAAAGAGAGCUGAUAAGACCAUGAAGUGUAUGCAAGCUCUUGUUCGAGCACAAAAGAGGGUCCUCCAUGAAAGAUUUAGACAAUUUGAUGAAAAUCGUGGAUUAAAUACCAGAAUUAACGGAGUUUCCAGACAAACCAUUGACGAUGGAAUGCACGAUCCAAAGGAUAGAGAAGGGCAAUGGAAGUACAUAAAGAGUUCAGAGGAAAUCCAAUCAAUUAAUCAGAGCAAGCAGAAAGCUGCCUUCAGGGGAAAGAAGGCUCUAGCUUAUGCCUCACCUCAUAAGGUUCUCUCUUUCUCUCUCUUGAAAUUUGAAAUGAACUUUGGUUUUGACUCAUUUUCUACUCUUUUUCUUGAGAAGGAUUUCAAAGAAUUCAGCCAUGAUAGGCUUAAUUGGAGGUCGACCCAGUUGGAAAGAUGGAUUGCAGCAGAGUACAGAGAGAAAAAAUCUCUAUAUGGUGAGAGGGACGAAUCAUCAGUAAACACAGUAGAAUCAGCCACUCCGAGAUCAUAUUCAUCAGCAAGUACAAACCCAAAACCCAAAAGGUCUCAGACUAGACCCCCCAAAUCUCCAAUUUGUAAAGCUCAACAUCAUGUUAUCACUCAUCAAAUUCCAUAUCCUAGAGAGAGAACGAACUCACUUGACCAUUACAUGUAUGAAUCAUCACUAAAUACAGGCACUUCUGUCACACCUAGAUCAUAUUCCUCUGCAACAACUCCAACAAAACCCACAAAAAACACUUCCUCUCUCUUUCAUACCUCUCCUACACAAAAAACCAAACAUUUGUUUCGUCCCCAAUCCCCUGUUUCACCAUUAUCAUUCAAGAACAGGUUUUCAACCGAUUCUCCGAGCCCAAGAUGCAGAACUUCAAGAAAUUCACAGAAUGUUAAGACCUCAAUAUUAAAAUCACCGAUUUGGCGUGAAAGUUCAAGGUUUCGAGCCAAUGGUAAUCUGAACUUGACACCAAUUCCAAAUUAUAUGGCCGUUACCGAGUCCUCUAAAGCAAAGAUGAGAUCUCAGAGUGCUCCGAAACAGAGGCCAGGGGAGCUAGAGAGAGAGAGAGAUUAUUCAAGACAGAGUGGUGAGUUAGAGAGAGAAAGGGGCUAUCCAAAACAGAGGAGUGGGGAACUCCAUGACAUGGACAGAGAGAAGAGGUUUGCUAAUCAAACAUGCGGUGAAAGGGUGAAGAAGAGAUUGUCUUUUACUGGUUCAUAGGAUUUGGUCGCUUUCUCUGUGAGAAAAUCAUAAGGAAUUUUCCUGAAAAUUGUUCGAAAUUCAUUGAAAAUUUUGGUUGUGAGAACAAAAUUUCGGGCGCGCUUAGUUAUGAAAUGGCAAGGAACUGAAACUUUGAAAGUACAUGUGAAGUUUUACGGUCAAAACUCAAGAAAAGAAAGGUAAAAUUGAAAAUUUAGAAUGUUAAUGAAUGAAAGUCGGUGCACCUGAGCAUUAAAGGUUACCGUUGCGAAAAUCACGGGGUCUUCAUUAUUUGAUCUUUCCUUGCUGGGAAUUUAAGUGAGCUAUCUCUCCUCACGGGUUGGGCCAUGAGAAAGUAAAUACUUUGAAAGGUAUCUUCGGAAUUUAAUUGCUCUCUCCAUUUUACUUCAGUUUUUUUUUUCUUAGCUUUAAUUUACAUCUAUGGCCUCUUUGAUAACAGCUCCAUUUUACUUUAGUUUUUUUUUGUUAUCUUUAAUGUACAUCUAUGCCCUCUUUGAUAAUAGGUCAAUGUCCUAUGGACAUUGGAAGUGUUUUUUUUUUGCUGGACAGAAAGAAGUUACGCUGGAAAGAAAGAAG